AUGUGCGUCUGGAUACCUCUCGCGACCACGGAGGGGGGCCUGGUGGCGAGCGUGAACAGAGGCUGCCUGGCCAUUUCGGAGGGUGGCGACGGCGGGGGGUGGCGAAGCAGCGCCAGCGGCGGCGUUCGGACGGAGGUGCUGGACGACGGGGUGACCAGGGCCCCCUGCAUCGCGAUGCCCAACAUCCGGCUAGCCUCGGAACUGCGGCGGUGGGCGGAGCGCAGGAGCGGGGAGGAUGCUGGCUACCCCCUGUUGUUCGACGCCUUCCAGUCCACCACAAACCACGGCUCGCUCACGUCCGUCACAGCCUCUAUGGCAGGCCGGCACGUGUACCUGCGGUUUAAGUGCACCACAGGGAACGCCAUGGGCAUGAACAUGAUCAGCAAAGGCUGCGAGGCCGCGGUGCGAGAGAUCCAGAAGCGAUUCAAGCAAGCGAGACUUGUGGCGUUGUCGGGCAACGUGUGCACCGACAAGAAGGCGUCGGCGCAGAACUGGGUCGAAGGGCGAGGAAAGUCUGUCGUGGCCGAGGCGGUACUGUCGGCGAAAACCGUGUCCUCUGUCCUCAAGACCACGGUGGACAAGAUGGUGGAGUGCAACAUCUCCAAGAACCUCGUCGGGUCAGCCAUGGCCGGGAGCAUUGGCGGCUUUAACUCGCACGCCGCGAACGUGAGACUUUUUCUGUCAUCCGCCGUCUUCCUGGCCACGGGUCAAGACCCCGCCCACACCGUCGAGGGCAGCAGCUGCAUCACGCUCAUGGAGAAGGUCAAGCCCGGCGAGGAAGGGAGCGGCGGCGGCCGGCCCGGCGAUCUCCGUGUGACGGUGACGAUGCCGUCGCUUCUGGUGGGUACCGUCGGCGGCGGCACUGGCCUCCCCGCGCAGUCCGCGUGCCUCCGGCUGAUGGGUUGCGGCCAGUCCGUCGAGGACGCUGGUGGUGAUGGUGGCGUUGGUGAUAGUGGCGUUGGUGAUAGUGGCGGCGGUGGUGAUGGUGCUCAGAUUGGCUCUCAGAAAGCUGGGGUUGAUGGGGAUGCAGUGAGUGUUCCUGGCCAUCCGAGCGCGAAAGGCGAGAACGGCGGCGGCGGCGGCGGUGGCGGAGAUGGCGGCGGUGGCAGCAGCAGCAGCAUCCCGGGCAGCAUCGACGAAGACACCGGCGGCAACGACGGUGGCGGUGGUGGCGGCGAUGGCAGCGGUGAACAGCCCACGGCUAUCGGCCUUGUCGCCGAGGCCGCCGCGGCGAUAUCCCCGCUCCCCGGCGUCAUCGCCGCCGCCGUGGCCGAUGAGGCUGCGACUACCCCGAUCGCUAGGGCCGGCGAUUGCCCGGUGGGCGUAGUGGCGGACACUCCCCUGCCGCCAGCUGCAACUCCAGGAAAAGGCAAGGGCAAGGCACCGGGGGCGGGGGCUAGGAAGUCCGGCGGCGGUGGUGGUUCACCAGGAAGUUCGUCUGCCGCCCCCCGAGAGAAGGGCGCCAGGCGCUUGGCUUGCGUGAUUGCGGCGACCGUGAUGGCGGGAGAGCUGUCCCUGUUGGCGGCGUUAACCUCCAACGACCUCGUCAGGGCACACAUGGCCCUGAACAGGAAGAAGGGGGGGGCGCCUGGUGCUAGCGCCGGCGCCGUUAGCGCUGGUAACUUUGGUGGUAACGCGUUCGCUCCGAGCCCACAAGCAGCACCAGCACCAGCACCAGCACCAGCACCAGCACCAACAGCAACAGGACCAGCACCAGCACCAGCAGCAGCUCCUGUUGCCGCUUCAUUAGCGGUUGCAGUACCGGCUGGCGGGUCGACAAGAGCGGCUUCUACGCGAGGUGCUGGAGGAGGGAGCGUAGCCCCCAGGGUCCAACAGCCGGCUUGGGAGAGUGGUGCCGGCGGCAGCGGCGGCAUCGAUGCACACGCGGGCGGCAGUGGUGCUGACGGCAGCGAAUCGGGAAGGUUGGGUGUCUUCCCCGCGGCCGCUCCCACGCAGGCAACCGAUGAGGCAGAGAGCGAGGACUCCACCAGCCCGGACCUGCAACAGCAGGAGAAGCAGGAGCAGGAACGGUCGAAUGGGGUGACAGAGGUACCACCGCUACCGUCAUCGGAGACGUCGCAAAACUCAGGCGUUUCUGCGUCUGCUGCAGACCGACCACACCAGGGAGCACAAGCCCUGAUGCAGAUGCAGAUGGAAGGGGCACCGCCGCCGGAAUCGGGAAAGGCAAACUAUUCGCAGCAGCAGGAGCAGGAGCAGGAGGAGGAGCCUCAAGCGGUGAUGCAGCCGGAAGCGAUGCAGCCGGGGCCGGCGGCGAUGCACGCGGCCAUUCAAACGGCUCCGAGACUGGACGUGGGGGGUUGCGAGCAACAGCAGCAGCAGCAGCAGCAGCAGCCGGAUGGAUCGACAGCGGCGGCCGUGGCAUCGGCAGCAGCGGCAGGGGAGGCCAUUGGGCCACCGCAGUCCAUGCGCACGUGACCCUGCAUGCGGCAACACACAGGCCAGGGCGGUGUUGAUGUUGUCGCAGUAAUUUGUAGUGGGACGUGGAGGCGGAUGGCGGCGGAAGAAGAGGGCGGUUUGGCACCCCGCCUCUUCCCGGCCUCCAAAAGGGAGGCGGUGGGGUAUUCGGCGCCAAGAAGGGGAGGCAUGCUGCACUCCUUCGCAUCACUGCUUGGAUGGCUUUGUCUUGGGGGGGAGAGAAACAGGAGUGCUGAAGUUAACUAAGGCGAAGGCAUACGGGAAGUGUGAUCGUUCCAUGGACUUGAUUAGCGCCAGUACGAUUUCACGACGUUCCGCGGGUCUUCUCUGAAGACUAGAGGUGGGCGGUCGUUUGAGAUUUGGUAGCUCGGGCACACACCAGUAGAUAGACACACGCAGUGCGGCUCAAUGCACCCCCAGCCGCAGCCAAAUGACCUGAAAGACGAUGUCAAGAACGUAUCACCCAGAUUAUGUGCUAAAAUUAUCAGGAUCAACUGAUAAAGACUGCUGUUUUUGGUGGUAUCUUGAAUACAGCACGGUAUAUGAUGUCACAUACACCAUGAGCGAUUUCAGUAGCAAAAAUAACACCAGUUUCAGUAUGGGUGACAUGGCACACUCAACGUGGUAUCAUAAGCUAUUAAGGAAGUAAAUCCAACGUGAUGAACAGUAUUUCAGGGAAGGCAUCUAGGAAGAUCCACUGAUGAAUGCCGUGGAUUCCGUAACGUUUCGUGGAAUGUUUCCUAGACCGGACACAUU